CUGACCGCCCUGGCAGCGCUGCUGCUGCUGGCCGCAGCCCGCGGGACCCGGGACCCGGACGUGCUGAAUCCAGACAAACUGCUGGUGAUCACCGCUGCCACGGAGCAGACGGAGGGAUACAUGCGGUUCCUGCGCACUGCCCGCUACUUCAACUACACCAUCAAGACCCUGGGCCUGGGCGAGGAGUGGCGCGGAGGGGAUGUGGCCCGCACGGUCGGGGGCGGGCAGAAGGUGCGCUGGCUGAAAGAGGAGAUGGCGAAACACACAGAGCAGGAGGAUCUCGUCGUCAUGUUUGUCGACAGUUAUGAUGUGCUGCUGGCCAGUGGGCCCGUGGAGCUGCUGCGGAAGUUCAUGGCAUUCGACAGCCAGGUCGUAUUCUCGGCUGAGGCUUUCUGCUGGCCUGAGUGGGGCCUGGCCGAGCGGUACCCCCCCGUCAGCGCCGGCAAGCGCUUCCUCAACUCAGGAGGUUUCAUCGGCUUCGCCCCGGCCAUCCACCGUGUGGUCCAGCUCUGGAAAUACAAGGACAACGACGAUGACCAGCUAUUCUACACCCGCAUCUAUCUGGACCCUGGCCUGCGGGAGAAAUUUGGGCUGGCACUUGACCACAAGUCAAAAAUCUUCCAGAACCUCAACGGGGCCAUUGAUGAGGUGGUGCUGAAAUUCGAGAGGAACCGGGUCCGUGCCCGGAACGUGGCCUAUGACACCCUCCCUGUGGUGAUACAUGGCAACGGGCCCACCAAGCUUCAACUGAACUACCUGGGGAACUACAUCCCUAACAGCUGGACCUACGAGGGGGGCUGUGGUGUCUGUGACCAGGGGCUGCUUGACCUGUCAGAGACCCCGGUGAGCGAGGGGGGGCCACUCCCCAAACCCACGCCCUUCCUGCCCCAGUUCCUUCAGCGUCUGCUGGCCUGGGACUAUCCCUACGCCCGCCUGAGCCUCUUCCUGCACAACCGCGAGGUGUUUCACGAGCCCCACGUGCAGGAAGCCUGGGAGCGGCUGCGCGGGGCCUUCGCCAGCAUCAAGCUGGUGGGCCCGGAGGAGGAGCUGAACCAGGGCGAGGCACGGGACAUGGGCAUGGACAUCUGCCGGCAGGACCCCGACUGUGACUAUUAUUUCAGUAUGGAUGCGGAUGUCCUCCUGACUCACCCAGGGGCCCUGCGCGACCUGAUCCAACAGAACCAGAAAGUCAUCGCCCCCAUGGUGUCGCGCCCACGCAAGCUCUGGUCAAAUUUUUGGGGGGCACUGAGCCCUGAGGGCUACUACGCCCGCUCCGAGGACUACGUGGAGCUGGUGCAGGGCAAGCGCAUUGGGGUGUGGAAUGUGCCCUACAUAAGCCAGGCCUACCUGGUGCACGGGGAGACGCUGCGCUCGGAGCUGCACGACCGGAGUGUCUUCACCAUGGAGGAGACCGACCCCGACAUGGCCUUCUGCAAAAACGUGCGCGAGAGGGGGAUUUUUCUGCACAUCCCAAACCUGGAGGAUUUUGGACACCUGCUCUCCAUAGCCAAUUAUAACACAUCCCGCCUGCACCCCGACCUCUGGCAGAUCAUGGAGAACCCCCUGGACUGGCAGGAGAAAUACAUCCAUGAGAACUACUCCCGAGUGCUGGACGGGGAAUUGGUGGAACAGCCCUGUCCCGACGUGUAUUGGUUCCCCGUCCUCACUGAGCUGGCCUGUGACGAGUUGGUGGAAGAGGUGGAGCAUUAUGGGAUCUGGUCCGGAGGACGGCAUGAGGAUGCUCGCCUGGCCGGGGGCUAUGAAAACGUGCCGACCGAUGACAUUCACAUGAACCAGAUUGGGUUUGAACGUGAGUGGCUGCACUUCCUGCGGGAAUUCAUCGCACCCGUGACCGAGCAGCUAUACCCUGGCUACUACACCAAGGUACCAGGCCUGAGAGAGCUCCAGCUGGGAUGGGGUGUCCCUGGGGCAAUCUUCAGUUACAUCACUCUGUGCACAGACCCCAGCCCCAGUCGCACCCGUGACCGAGCAGCUAUACCCUGGCUACUACACCAAGGGGGGCUGUUCUGUGCCUUCGCUUGCCCAUCCCCCUCGGGCCAGGGCAGUGGGUACAUCAUGGUGUCCUUCGUCGACCCCUAA